CUGGUAGCACAAUCGCAACGCCGGACUACCGGAUCGCUCUGUAUUUGUCGAUGCGUUUUUCGGACUUUUCGGUUCAGCUGUUGAAAUUGUUGCGGCCGGAGCAUUUUCCGGAGCACAACCACGUGACAAUCCUACUCAUCACGGGCUUCAAAACGAAGAAUGUUCUGGACUAUCUCGGUGCUCGUGAUCCGACGCGGCAACCCCCAGAUGAUGUGAGCAAGACUUUGGCUCUUAGGCUACCCAGAAACCCGAAAGAAAAAGAACAGCAGGUCCGUCUGGAGCUCACCAAGGUGGAGAAAUUUUUCCUUCCGCCGGACGGGCGAGGGGAAAAGACGCUGCUAACGAUAUUGGUGCUUUCUUACUGGAAAGGUACAGGGCCCGAUGCGGAACAUGAAGAUGAUGUGUGGAUAUGGAAACCCGACCCCUGGGUAGUACCUCCGGUUCCAGUGCCACCCACGUGGCCCGACGGCUACCUGACCUACCUGGUCUACCGCUGGCUCUUCUACUUUUCCUUCGACUUCUGGGCUGACUUCGAGGAAGAGGCUGAUCCAGAGCCUGCCCCUUGGCCCCCGAAGUUGGAUCCGUUGACAGACCAAGAGUCCGUUCCGGGCUUCAUCC